UCAUCCUUGUAAAGCCAUUGGUUCUGGUCAUCAGACUCUAUCCAAUGCUUUAGUGAUGAUGCUGCUGAUCUAUUUGGGAAGUUGGCUGGCUCUCAAGGCAGAGUCUCUUCUCAAAGGCUGUUUCACAGUGAAAAUAUGCUCAGUGCAGCCGAGUGCAUGAAUGAAAAAGCCUCUGGUACCUUCUAGUCUGGCAAAAUGCAGCACAAAACUCAACUUACUCUGUCUUUUCUGCUGUCCCAGGUUCUGCUGCUUGCAUGUGCAGAAGAUUUAGGAUGUGUCCCUGGAUUCCAGCAGAAGGUUUUUUAUAUAGAAAAGCCAUUUGAAUUCACAGAGGACCAGCUGGUUCUGAACCUGAAAUUCGAUGACUGCAAGGGGAACAACAAAUUGAACUUUGAAGUUUCUAACCCAGACUUUACAGUGGAGCUUGAUGGGAACUUGGUUGCGCUCAAGAAUGUAUCAGAAGCUGGCAGAGCCUUGUUCGUCCACGCGCGGUCGGAGCACGCCGAGGAUAUGGCAGAAAUCUUUAUUCUUGAAGCAAAUGAAAAACGCGGUGCGUUAAAGGAAAUCUUGAAGUUAGAAGGCAACCUUGGAAUUCCAAGACAAAAAAGGGCUAUUUUGGCCACUCCAAUAUUAAUUCCUGAAAAUCAAAGACCUCCAUUCCCCAGAUUAGUCGGCAAGGUCAUCAGAAGUGAAGGGACAGAGGGAGUAAAGUUUCGGCUCUCUGGAAAAGGAGUGGAUCAAGACCCAAAAGGAAUUUUUAGAAUCAAUGAGAUGAACGGGGACGUCUCUGUGACCCGAACUCUUGAUCGAGAAGCAAUUGCCAAUUACGAGCUGGAAGUUGAGGUCGUGGAUAUGAACGGGAAAACCAUUGACGGCCCAGUCCGCCUGGACAUCUCUGUCAUCGACCAGAACGACAACAGGCCCAUGUUCAAAGAGGGACCCUACGUUGGUCAUGUCAUGGAGGGAUCUGCCACAGGAACCACCGUGAUGCGCAUGGCAGCGUUCGACGCCGACGACGCCAGCACGGACAACGCCCUCCUGCGCUACAACAUCCUCAGACAGACGCCCACCAAACCCUCCCCAAACAUGUUCUACAUCGACCCAGAGAAGGGAGACAUUGUCACCGUGGUGUCCCCGGCACUGCUGGACCGCGAGACCAUGGAAAGCCCAAAGUAUGAGCUGGUUAUAGAAGCCAAGGACAUGGGUGGGAUGGAUGUGGGACUGACAGGCACAGCCACUGCCACCAUCCUUAUCGACGACAAAAAUGACCACGCACCAGAAUUCACCAAGAAGGAGUUCCAGGCCACAGUGAAGGAGGGGGUCACGGGUGUAAUAGUGAAUUUGACCGUGGGUGACCGGGACGACCCCGCCACCGGGGCUUGGAGAGCUGUCUACUCCAUCAUCAACGGGAACCCAGGGCAGAGCUUUGAGAUCCACACCAACCCCCAGACUAACGAGGGAAUGCUCUCUGUUGUCAAGCCUUUAGACUACGAGAUUUCAGCCUUCCACACGCUGCUGAUCAAAGUGGAGAACGAAGACCCGCUGAUCCCAGACAUCGCCUACGGGCCCAGCUCCACAGCCACCGUGCAGAUCACCGUGGAGGACGUCAACGAGGGCCCCGUGUUCCACCCAAACCCCAUGACAGUGACCAAGCAAGAGAACAUCCCCGUUGGCAGCGUGGUGCUCACGGUGAACGCCACCGACCCCGACACUUUGCAGCACCAGACCAUCAGGUACUCAGUGCACAAGGACCCAGCAGGGUGGCUGGAAAUCAACCCCACCAACGGCACCGUUGGCACCACGGCGGUGCUGGACAGGGAAUCUCCCUUCGUGCACAACAACGUCUACACCGCGCUCUUCCUGGCCAUCGACAGCGGUAACCCUCCUGCUACGGGUACGGGGACUUUGCACAUCACCUUGGAGGAUGUCAACGACAACGUCCCAUCCCUUUAUCCAACGCUGGCAAAAGUUUGUGACGACGCAAAAGAUCUCAGGGUAGUGGUUCUAGGAGCAUCAGACAAAGACCUUCAUCCCAACACAGACCCAUUCAAAUUUGAACUCAGCAAGCAAUCCGGCCCAGAAAAGUUGUGGAGAAUCAACAGGCUUAACAAUACCCAUGCCCAGGUCAUCCUGCUUCAGAACCUGAAAAAGGCCAAUUACAACAUCCCCAUCUCAGUGACAGAUUCUGGAAAACCUCCCCUGACCAACACCACAGAACUGAGAUUACAAGUGUGUACCUGCAAGAAAUCCAAAAUGGACUGCAGUGCAACGGAUGCUCUCCACAUCAGCCUGACCCUAAUCCUCCUUUCACUCCUCAGUUUAUUUUGUCUGUAAGAAUUCCUGCCAUCAGAAGCUGUCCUACCGAGUUGCCAUGGCAACAAGAAGAAAGGAAAAAAAACCCGUCAGAUCUGAAGAUUGCAGUUUACAAUUACUGUUCUUCACUCCUCGGCCUCAGUUGCUCCAGUUUAGUUUGCAAUCUCACUCAAUCUGUCCGACUGUACCUUGGUGUUCGACAGCCUCCACCCCUCUGCCCUUUGUCCCUGGAUUCCCCCUGCAGGACACAAGGUUUACUCAAAAUUUUCUCUGAAUGUUAAAAGACCGUGACAUCCAAACCCGACCUUGGGGGAGCAGAAUAAAAAAAAGAAAAAAAGAAAAAAAAAAAAAAAAGAAAGAAAAAGAAAAAGAAAAAACCAACAAAACAAAACAGACUGACUCAAUUUUUUUUCUAUCUGUUGACUUGUUGCUAUUCAGCUGUUCAGAAAAUAUUUUGUCUGUGGGUUAGUAUUUGUAUAUGUAUGAGUGUAUGUAUAUAUAUAUAUUUAUAUAGAGAGAAGAGUUAUACCACAGGUUUAGCUUUUAUAAAAUGUUCAUCUGGAGCCUGAGAAGGGAGGGAGCACAACAACACAGCCACAGGUGAAUUGUAGCUGCUCCAGCGCAGCUAAACCUGCAGCGCCUGCUGCUCAGAGCGCGGCCAGCAGCAGCCUGUGGCUCUGGCUUGGCCCUUCCCGCACCUCAGGUUCAGCAAACAAGAAAUGCCAGUCCCCAGGGCUUGCUCCUGACCUGAACUGCUCUGCCUGGGCCCCAGAGGGAGUUGAGGAUGCAGCAGGAGCAGCCAAGUGUGACCUGUGCUCAGCUCAGCCUGAUUUGAGGGGCUAAAGGGCUGAAACAGUGGCUGGGGCAGGGGAUGAAAUGUUUUUUAUCGUGAGUCCGAGAGCAACGCUCAGCGUUUGCCAGAGCACUGAUCCCUCUCCCAGCCUCUGUGCCAGGAGCAGCACAGGUGCCCUGUGCUACGAACGCCCUCACAAACACACCAGCCCAUCCUUCUGGAUAUAUAUAUAUACAUACAUACACACGUACACACAGUUUCCCGUUAAGAGUGACAAGAGCAUUUCUUCGUGUGUGUAAACUCUACCACACCUCUUUGCAGACAUGGGGGAAAAAAAAAAAAAAAUAAAAAAAAAAGGGUGUUUGUUCUCUAUGAAUAUGGAUCCUUUUUUAUUCUGUGAGCAUGUAAGGUCAAAAAAAAAAAAAAAUCCUUCUAACUGUAUGAAAAUGGUCAUCUUGUUAAUAAACUGUAAAUGAUCCAUAAGAGCUCACACCAAAUUUUUAUAAAAUUAACACAAAAAGUAUACUAGUGACAGACUGUGGCUUUUAUUAGAGCUUGCCAGUAACUAGGGUAAGGUAAGUGUCUUAGAAUAUUUUAAUAAACUUGCUUAUUUAAAGUUUAAACAAGAAAGCUUCCUUAUGCAAUAGAACUUUGCAGCUGCAUUCUUUAGUUAGCAUUCUUACAGUACUUAUGGGUCAUACUCGAUGGCAUCCUGACUGCAGUGAGAUUAUAUCUUCCACACCACCUAUAUGUUUCAAUAGUAAAGGUUCUUUGGAAACAUUAAAAAUAAGUCCAGACGUAUAUUUAGUUUCCCAUAAUGCUACACUAGAUAUUAAAUGUGUGUUGGUGGUUAAAAUUUGCUGUACAAUAGCUUUUCUCCGACUUCCUGUAUUGUACCAAAUAUGAAACAGGUUAUUUUUUUUCCUUUCUUCCUUUUUUUUUUUUUUUUUUUUUAAUCAAAAGGAGUAAUAACAACAGCAACAGAGGAAAAAUGAGUUUGUGUUGUGAGCUCUCCUAACCUUGUAGAUUUCCUGAUAAGAUAUGAGCUGCCUUCAGACCAGUUUUUCUCUUCCAGCUUAACUCCUGCCGUCCUGACCAAGCGAAAUCUCCUCCUGGCCCCUGCAGGAGCCUCUGUGUCACCAAAGUGGCACUCCAGGGUCCGUGGGAGCUGGUCAAGGACUCCAGGAGUGGCUUUGGCAGCUUCAGGCACCCCAGCAGGGAAGUGCCUGAUCCCAAAAACAUCAACAUGGGCACGUUUCCCGUCCUCUCUCCCUGCCCAUGCCUUUGUGUUGACCCCGUGCUGCUGCUUUGCCAUCAACAAUCAAGCCUUUUUUAUUAAUAGAUAUAUAUAUAUUAUUUUCAAGCAAAUUUUUUUCCAAAAGGAACGAUUUAACUACUGUAUGGCACCUCUGGAGCUCCAAUGUGUAUGUUCAAUGAAUGCACCCAAAGAUAUUCUGCACCCUGUGCUUUGAGCUACAAAACCUCUAUCUCAAAUAAAAGAAAUUAUAUUACCCUCCCCCACAAAUACUCUUUUCUAUUUGCUUUUUUCCUCUCUCCACCCAGCCAAACCCACCUCUGGAAAGAACCCCCCUUGACUUUGGUGUCAUUUCUGUCAAAUGCCAGAAAAAUCUGCCCUUCCCUGCUUUAAACCAAGGGUCACAGAGCAUUUGGUGAAUCAUUCCAAGGGCAGCCAAAACGAGGAACAAAGAGAAAACUCUUCUGCCUGGAGCUACACUAACAAGGGGAAGACUCUUCCUACCACCCUGUGCCCAAGGAUAAGACCUUUCUUCUUGGAUCCACUGCAAAAUUUUGAUGUGCAGAGAGGUCAGGGUCUGGCUGAAGCUCUGACCCGUGGCGCAUCCAAGCCUCCAUUCCCAUUUUCCCUUUAUUUCUGCUCCCACAUUAAAGCCUCCCAGCCUUUCCCACGUGUACCCAGGCAUGCCAGGAGAAGAUGGAGCUGCCAUGUUAAUGUUUCUCCCCAUUUAACACAGACUGGCACGUUCAGAGGUGUCACCUCUGGCUCAGAAAACACAAUGUCCAUUUCCUGAAACAAAGGAGCGACAAUGAUUUAUCCAUUUUUCGACAGUGGGAUGAGAAAGUGGAAAAUUUACAAAAUUGGUUGUAUUAUUUUCUAAUAGCUGAUCGUGUUUGAGAUUCGUUCAGCCAAGUUUGCCGUUUUUAUAACAUACCCCUUAUUCCUACCCAGCUAUUUCAGUCCCACCAAGGUUUAUUUCAGUCUGUGUUUGCAGAUAUAUAAAUGCUGUCUAGAGUCAGAAGGGCAGUGAACUUGUUCAUUCUUGCUCUGUAACAUGCACAAAACUUUUUAUUUGUGAAAGUCACUUCACUCGAAAAGGCUACGUGCUGUGGAAACAGAAACUGGGAAUAACAAUCAGUGAGAGGGGUUUAUUAGCUAGAGAAAGGUCUCAUUUUUGGUGUGCUUGCUAAUUGAACCCUGCUCUGUGCUCCUUGUGUGUGCUUUUCCAAUAUGCUUGUGUGCAUUUAUUAAUGUCCAUUUUGUUCAGUAGCUGUAGGUCUGAAGAGUAAAAAAAAAAAAAAAAACAAAAAAAAAAAAACAAAAAAAAGGGAAAUGAGCUGAAUUUUCUGCUGGGUGUGGAGGAAAAUUAGGUAAGGGUGGAACACUGGUAACACACUCCCUGAGCCCUCUUCUCAUCGUGGUUACUCUGCUGGAAAUCAAACAGCAGCUCCAUCACCACAACUGAGAAUCAGUUAUUCACGUCUAGGUGAAAUUUCACCUCCCCACAUUUUGCUUUUUGCUGGUUGGCUGUGAACAGUAAAGCUGCAGCGUUUGUCACAGGACUGCUGAGUGCUUACACAUCACCAGAAGUCUGGGGUUUGUGACAUCCAGCCACCCACAGGUGACCCGUGCCCUUCACUGACCCUCUGAAGGUGUCUCUAAGGCUCCCACAAUAAUUUGGUUUAACCUUUAUUUGCAAUAAUUUGGUUUAACCUUUAUUUGAAAUGGAUGGGGUCAAAUAAUUUGUCCUGUUCUCUUACGCAGUCGUUUUUUGAAUCACUAUAAUGCAAACCUCAUUUAUUAAAUUAUGGACUUACAAGCAGUUUGUAGGGCCCUAUCUUAAAUGCCUUAUCACUACUAAAAGACAUCUAUUAUAUUGGCAACUUUUGUCUUUCCUUUGCAAAGGCCUCUUGUCUGAAAUACUGAGAAAGCUGCCAAUUUUCUUCUCAAAUGUUAUUAAUUCACUUGGAGCAGAAUUCUGUACACAAAUAAUUAUACAUCACUUGGUCUAAAGGCUAAGUUGCUUUCAGAAUAGGUUGAAAAACGUCAUAUUUAAUUUUAAAAAAGAAAUUAAUUAUAUUAAAGUCACGCUGGCUGGAGAACACCAAGUCUAAAGCAACACUCUGCUCCUGUCUUGCCUUUAUUGCGUCUCUAGAAACUCUGUUGUCUGAGAGAUCCAGUCCAAUGCUAACACAAAAAUAAAAUAACAAUUAUUUUCUUUCGGUUAACUCCGCGCUCUCUAAUCUUUAGAAGCAGCAUGCAGUGCAGAGCAGUAAUUACCAUUACAACUAGACAGAGCUGAGUCUUUCCCACUCAAAGCACAUAACCCACUGCCUGCCCUGCUCCCUGGCCUCAUGCCAGGACACACGAGCUGGCUGGGGUUGGUCCCAGCGGGAUGGAUGCACUCCCCCACUCUCAGUGCAAAGUUUCGAGUUGCACAACUGCUAUGUGUGUAUAUAUGUAGAUAUAUAGAGAUAUACACAUAUAAAUAUAUAUAUUAUAUAUAUGCAGGUGGAAGGAGAUUGUUACAGCGAGGGGACUUGGAAUAAGCAGUUUAAUUCCCUCAGUUAGGGAUGAAUUUGUGAGAUAAGGGGCAGUAUGGGCUACAUGUAUGGAACCAGUCUGAUUUAAAGCAAAUACAAAAGGUGAAAAGCCCGCACACUAAACCCCAGGCUUAUCUCAACUCUCCUGUUGUAUUUCUGCUACCUUGAGCUGUCCCCUCGUACCACAAUUAUAUCAUUUGAAGAUAUGCAUCGUUGUUUGUUGACUCAUUUUUAGUUGUCUGUGGAUCAGCAGGUCACCAGUAGUGGAAAGGGAAGGGUUUAGAGCCAGAAUUCCUCAUUCCUGAGCUUUCAGUGGGACAGCUUUUUGGGAAAGUUUCAUCCGGCCUCGAACAUUACACCCCUCCUCCGCAUCAGCAAGUGGCUGCACUCUAAUUUGAGGUGAAAUGAAUGCAGUCUAGGGCCAGGCUGGGUGUUUGGAUGUGCACACAGCCCCUGCCUGGGGCUGAGGAAUAAAUCCGUGUCUGGGAGCCUGUGAUGGGGAACUCAGCACAAACGAGUUGUGUUGUUACUGCCAUUUCAGCCAGGACCCUCCUGUGAAACCACAUCUACCCCAAAACAACCUCUGUCCCUUCAAGUUACCAUCAAGUUUAUUUUUAUUUUUUUUUAAAUAGUCCAAGCAAGGAGGAAAA